AAGACGGGAGCGCCACGAGGACUGACAAACUCGAGAUUGAGACUACGCCCAGCUACGUAGGCCCCGAACUGCGCCGCAGAGAUGGCGGGGAGGUGUCGUACCCCGCCACGUUUUCCUACUCCAUUGCACCGGCACGUGGGGCAGGGUGCUUUCCGGGAGGUUUACGAACCGGCCGAAGACACGUUCUUGUUGUUGGAUGCACUGGAGGCAGCGGCCGCCGAGCUCAUGGGAGUAGAGAUAUGCCUUGAAAUAGGAUCAGGAUCUGGCGUUGUGUCUGCAUUCCUGGCUUCAAUUAUUGGCCCUCAGGCUUUGUAUAUGUGUACUGAUAUCAACCCCAAAGCGGCUGACUGUACUUUGGAGACAGCACUGUGUAACAAAGUUCAUAUUCAACCAAUAAUUACAGAUUUGGCCAAAGGAUUGCUACCAAGGUUAUUCAGCAAAGUCGAUCUUCUGGUAUUUAAUCCACCUUAUGUGGUAACGCCUUCUGAAGAGGUAGGAAGUCAUGGAAUAGAGGCAGCUUGGGCUGGUGGCAGAAAUGGCCGAGAAGUCAUGGACAGAUUCUUCCCUUUGGCUGCAGACCUACUAUCACGAGAAGGAUUUUUCUAUUUAGUUGCCAUUAAAGAAAACAACCCAGAUGAAAUUAUGGAAACAAUGAAGAAAUAUGGUUUACACGGCAUAACCGUACUUUCCAGACAAGCAGGAGGAGAAACCCUUUUGGUUCUCAAGUUCAACAAGUGCUAAUAGAUGGAGGAUGGGACCCUCCUACCUGUGCUUUCACUUUCUGAGGUUUCCGUUACCAUAGGCGGCCCUUCAGAAGCAUCUGGGCAGCAGCCUCUUCUGUUUCCAUUUUCAGGUGUAGAUUUUGGGCGGGUUGUGGUGGUUGUGGCUGUUUCAGCCAUCAGAGGGAGUUCUUGGAAUGUAGCCCCCUCAGAUGUGGGCCCUACUGUAUUGUCACUAGUAUGCCUUAAAGACAAAGCUAUUACGAGAGCAAGGUCGCGUCUCGACGCGGGGCUUUUUAACAAUUUAGGUUAAAUUAUUUAAGUGAAAUCAAUGCCUUUUAACAUAUACUCUGGCUUUUCAAGAGAAACCUCUCUGGGCUUUAAGCUGAGUCAGACAGAGGUUUUAAACAGGGUUCACAAACAUGAAUAAAAAUAUGUGCCACAGAAAAUGUCUCUGUCACGAGUAACAAGAGAAGGGUUUGUUUUGUUCUUCAGUUAUAUCUGGCCCUUUGUAUCCUCCACUCUCUCCUCCUGUCUGUUCAGGCUUAUGGUUGUCGCUUCGACACAAUCUCUCUUACCCUCUGCCAUUCCCUUUGACUUUUGUUUUCAGUCUUUCAGACCGACAUGAAGAUCUUUUCCAGGGAGUCGUCUUCCAUUAUGCGGCCAGAAUGUUGAAGCUUCAGCUUCCGUAUUUGGCCUUCCAGUGAACAGUCUUCAUUUCUUUACGUACUGACCGAUCUGAUCUCCUCGUUAUCCAAGGGGCUCUCAGAAGGCUUCUCCAGCACCACAAUUCCAAAAUGGGGAUUCUGGGACCCUCAGCUUUCCUUACAGUCCAACUCACACAGCGCUGCUUUUAUCCAUCCUUUGUGUUCCCGGAAAGGAUCCGUGCUAUCGUGGAGGGCACAGUCGCACGAAGUCAUCAGCCUCACUCUCUCCCAGUCAUUCGAGGCCAGUGGCAAGACAAAAGUGAAGUGAGGCCUGCUGAUGGCCUGGGAUGCAGGGGAGGAGCUUGGCCUCUUGGAUGUUUGGUCAAGCUCUAGGGGCUGCCCACUCCUUCGUGGCCUUCGGAAUAAUUGUGCUUCUCCUUGUUCUCCUCUCUUGUUAUUCCACCGGGGAAAGUCUUCACACGCUUGGGGUCGACAUUCCCCUAAACCACUGAUGACUUUGAGACCUGUCAGGUACCCUCAACCUGGUUGAGUCUGUCUGCUGAGACACAGCUGAGAGCCACUGGAUGAAUGGGAGACAGCAAAGGUAGAUGAGCAGCCCUCACAGCAGAGGUGCUCGUCCUCCCUGAAUACCUAAGUGGCGUAGCGGAUGAUUCCAGCUUGAAGUCAAGAACUGAGCUAAAAUCGGACCUCAGACACUUCUCGUUGUGUGACUCUGGGCAGGUCACUUGGCCCUGUUUGCCUCAAGUUUCUUCACCUGUAAAAUGAACUGGCAAACCAUUCCUGUAUCCUUACCAAGAAUACCUGAAAUGGGGUCCUAGAGAAUCUGACAAACUCAACUCCAUUCCCCCCGAGCUGCUGUGCACUGCUACUGAAAAAACCCUACCUUUGACUACAUCUACACAGUUCAGAUUUACUACCAUUACUUCCAAGAAGCAUCUGUUAAUUUAUGGCUGCAAGUCACCGUCUGCAGAAUAUAAAAUCUGACACUGCUUCCAUCUCUACACCCUCUAUUUGCCAGGAAGUGACGGGACCAAAUGGCUAUUUCUUGUUUUUUUGAUGUUUAAGCUUCAAGUCAGUUUUCCUCAGCAAGAACCUUCCUAAUUCUUCACUUUUUGCAUCAGAGUGGUAUCACUGCAUCUCUGGGAUUGCUGCUAUUUCUCCCUGGAGCCUGAAUUCCAGCUUUUGAGUCAUCCAGCCUGGCAUUUGGCACGAGGCAUCAUACUGCUUUGUCAUACUCCUUGCCCCAUCUUAAACCAAUUUGAGUUCUAUGUUUGGUUCUAGCGAUUGCUUCUUGAUCUGCAUGUAGGUUCCUCAGGAGAGAUCAUCUGGGACUCCCAUCUCUUUGAGAACUUGCCUCAUUUUGUUGUACUGUAGUCCAUGAAGGAGAAGAUGAUUUUUUUCACCUGUAAAGCUUUUCCUAUAAUCUAGCAAAUUUUGGCCUCUACUUCCUUCAUCUCUUUGAAAACCAACUCGCUUUUCUAGUAAUUCUCAGUUCACAUAUUGCUGAUGCCUCGUUUGAAGAAUCUUAAUCACAACUUUGCUAGCAUAUGAAGUGAAUGUAUUAUUUGGUCAUCUGACAUUAUUUGACAUUGGUCCUUUAGCAAUGGGAUGUAAACGGAUCUCCACUAUUUAGUUUUCCAAAUUUGCUGGUAUGUUGAAUACAGCACUUUAACAGAAUCAGUUUUUAGGAUUUUAACUAGCUCACUUGGGAUUCUGUUACAUCAGAUAUCUUCGAAAUGUGAUGGACUUAGAGGUUUUUUGUUUGUUUGUUUACAAAUUAUUAUCUAUUCAUGAAGGAGAGAAAAAUCAACUACUUAGGAAAAAUACUAAAAUCAAAUUUAAAAAAUUUUUUGCAAGAGGCCUGUCCCUUCUAAGGUGGAAGCAUAGGAUUGAUGGCAUUUCAUGCCAUUGGAAUAAAGUAUUCUAUCAUGUGAUAUGACCAGGUGACUUAAUAUCCACUUACAGGAAUGUGGUUUGUUCCCACACUAACCAAGGUUCUUUGGACUUUAUUAACAGCCUUUUUAAGUACCAUGAGAUUUAAAUGUUCUUCUGUUUAUUGGUGGAAUUUUAGGUUAUUUGUUUAAAGACUUUUAUUUACACAAUUAUAGAAAUGUCAGUCUUGACUAGAAAAAUACUUUUUUAUCUAUUCAGAGUAAGAGGAUACACUAUCAAACAUUGGUCUAAAAAUAAACUGUUGUACCAGUUAUAGAUGUGAAAAAAUAAAUAUCCCAUUUAUCCCACAAAUGAGAUCAUCGAGGACCACAAUUCAAGUGCAGUAAUGCCCAUACUAGUAAAGUUGUGAACAAAAUCUUUAUCAAUUUCUUAUUAAUGCAAGAAAAGUGAAUCCCAGAAAGUUAUUUUUAAAAAUUCCUUUGAUUCCUGAGGUCAAACUCAAAAGCAGUGAAAAUUGUGGGAGAAUUCAAUAUUUAAUUUCAGACAACCAAAAAGCUCUGAAAGUAGAAGUGCUAUAAUCCUAUGUUUUUAGUACCUAUGACAUUGAACUUAAUUGUGACAUAAGUGAGAUUGAUUUAAGUCAUAAUACAUGCUAUUAUUUCACAAAUGCCUGAAGAUAAUCUCAUAUAUUUUGAUUUUGAUUUUUGUUUUUAAUUUUUAACUAACAUGCUACUUACAAGUCGGCAAAUUUAUAAAAACCUUGUAUAAGAUUAACAUAAAAAUAUAGCCCCUUUUCCUCAUUUAAAAUUAUUUUUUAAUACCUUGAUACCAGUUUUUGGUAGUUUAAAAAUACUGACAAUAAAAAGGACACAUUAUAGCACCAGCUAAUUUUUCUCUUCUUUUUUAUGUUGGAUUUCUAAAAGCUUUUAAAAAUCAAUUAAGUUCUUUAAAUACAAAAGAAAUGAGAUUUUGAAAGGCUGUAUUCAUUUAGUUGAAAGAUGUCGCUUUCUCAGUAUGUCAAAGCCUCUGAAAGCUUACUACUUAUUUUAACUGAAAAAUCUCUUAUCUAUUAAAUUCUUCCCCUCUAUCAGCAAAAAGACCAAUAUCACAAAUUUAGAUUAUUAAUUUAGAAAAACAUAAUUUAAAAAUUCAGAGCAUACUUUUAUUUAAAAAUGAAAACUAAAGAAGUCUUAAAUACUUGCCUGUUUUUAAAUUUUAAAUUAUAUUUUUUGUUCAGUUAUUUCGGUUGUCUGACUCUGUGAACCCAUUUAGGGGUUUUCUUGUCAAAGAUAAUUAGAGUGGAUUGCCAUUUCUAGCACAUUUUACAGAUUGAGGAGACUAAGGCAAACGGGGUUAAGUGCUUUGCUCAGGCUGGCACAGGUAGUAAGUAUCUGAAGCCAGAUUUGAGCCCUGCCUGACUCCAGGCCCAGUAAGUACUCUACUUGCCACCUCACCACCCAAAAAUAUAGUAACAUAACCAGAACCAUUGUUUGUUUUGUGAUAAUCUCUGACUCUUUAUCAAAUGCCUUAUUUGAUAUGCCCCAUAUAUAUAUAUGUUUGUCAGCAUGCUACAAUUGAAUAAUGUUCCAGUGUACACAUCAAUUCUGUUGUUUUGUUAUUUUCAUAUUUAUUUUUUAAUAUGCACAUUAAAAUAAACUUGAGUUUUUACAUUGUAAA